CGUCCAGAAGACCUGUACUAUGCUGAUGGCAGUGUAGUCCUUUUAGCCGCCCAUGCUGGUAAAACCCAUGCGUUCCGAGUUCACAAAUCCGUGCUUGGAUCACACUCUAAAGUAUUUGCGGACAUGUUUGCGCUACCCUCUGCCGCAGAAAGAGAAACGUAUGAUGGUGUAGAUUUGGUACGGAUGCCGGAUGAUGCAAAAGAUCUUGAAGACCUUCUUCGAGCACUUUACUACCCGCGCACCAUAUUAUCUAUGUUGGAGAACCGAAACCCUCUUGCUGCAAUCAAGUUCAAGGGGAUCCUUCUGCUAUCACAGAAAUAUUUCGUGCGCGUCCUGCAGAAGUUGCUCAGGGCUCGCUUCCAUGCAGACUGGCCAUCCACUCUCCCUGAAUGGGACAAACUUAUGGAGCACUACGCUGGUCUUUCUGCAUCCGUAGUACCGCAACAUGAUGCAGCCAGUCAGUUCAUCGACAAUCGUAUGUUAGAACCUGCUUCUGCCAUACGCUUGGCCAGGGAGGCCAAUAUUCCAGAAAUUUUACCAGCCGCGUUUUAUAUGCUAUCUACAAUUAGUCCUUUCAUGGACUUUGAUGCCCUCCGCAGUUCCCACCCCCCUCCGCUUACUGAUUCUCAAGGGAACGUUCUUAUGUGGCAGCCUGGAGAACGCAGCGCACGAUGGGGGCUCCUAACGCCCGAUGAUUGGCUUUGCCUGGCACGAGGCAGGCAUUCUAUGAUGGACUUC